GAAAUAAAGAAAAUAUUGCAGUUCGUUGGUGUUUUGCGGGUCAGUGAACAAAAUAUGAUCGCUAGUGUCAUCAUACAACGUCUACGUAAUCGUGAAUGAACAAAUAUUGUGGUUUGAUUUAACGUUGUAGAUUAAGUGUGUGUACGUAUGAAAAAAUCGGUGAGCAACGAUCAAAAGUCGAAAAUGGAUCCUACACAAAUUACCGCGUUGGCGAAGCUGUUAAAAGAAAGUGGCGAUAAAGUGCUGAACUCGCAGUUCAAACUAUCGCUAUCAGGAUCACUGCUGCGGGCUCUGAAUGAUUCCUUUAGUUUGAUCGUGGACAAAAAUGAGAUACUUCCGCCCCAGAGCUUUCAGGUAGUGAAACCGAACAAUGCAAAGUCGGAUGUAUUCAGGGAUUUGCAGUUUGUGUACGAUUUCGUGCAAAAGACUGUCAUCCUCAGCUUGAACCAGUUCGUCAACGAUGACCCGUAUGCGUUUGCGGUGGAUAUUAGCAAGUUUCGUAGCUUACGAACGCUAGAGAUUCAAAAGAUUCCGGUGAAUCAAAUUGUUGGCCUUCAACAUCUUCGGUCGCAGCUGCACGACCUGGCUUGUGUGCGAAGCAUAUCCGAUAUUGCGGAUGUCCUGAUUGGCUGUGGAGGGGAUAAGACUGACGAAGGAAAACCUUGGCGAUCAUUGCACAGCGUUAACUUUGCAUACAACAUGUUGGAUUACGUUGAUAGUUCGCUGGAGUUUACACCAUGGCUGGAGGUACUGAAUUUGAGCCACAACCAGCUGGUAAGCGUAUCUGCUAUACGUUGUUUGCCCAAUUUGCGCGAGCUCAACCUUAGCUACAAUCGCCUGAAUCAAGUGCCAGUCUUUCACCCAGAGGCCAUGCGCAAAAUGCAGGUGCUACAGAUUUCCAACAAUUUUUUGGAAGAUCUCGAAGGGGUAGCAUGCCUUUCUGGUAGUCUAAAGGAACUGGAUCUUUCCGGGAAUUUCAUCGUAGAUCAUGGGGCGUUGCUGCCCCUAAGCACGUUGGUAACACUGCGUAGUGUUAACUUGCUGAAUAAUCCACUUGCGUGUCAUCCCAAGCAUCGACAGGCAACUGCCAGGUAUCUGAACAAGGCGACCUCAGAUGGGAAGUUUGUGUUGGAUAACGAACCGCUUUCGCGAUAUGAAAAAACUCUCACUGGCAACUACGACAGUUACAAGGCGAUACUUGUACCCACAACGGUUCCAGGGCCAAGUUUAAAUUCGAGUGGUCGCAAUACACCAGCAUCGCAUGCUUCGACCAUAGCGGCCGAGGGAGAUUAUGAAGCAGCUGCUAGUGGAAGCCUUAAAACAACUGAUGAGAAAGACUUUAUGAACCAAUCUGUCUCAAGUCAAAAGAAAUUAAAAGUUCGACGGGCUCUGAUUUCAGAAGAUUAUAACGAAGCUCCAUUGAUAAACAAAUAUGACACUGAUACAUCUAAACCUACAAGUUCUUUAAAUUUAGAAAGUAAUCGCGAACAUCUAGAAACCAAGCGUGCGCUCGAGACGCUUAGGCAACGGUAUGGCAAUGACUGGUUGAAAAGCCAGGCGGGACACAUGGUGCGGAGUGUUAUCGGAUUUGAUCCGAGCGAAACGAAAGAGUUCGAAAGUGUUGCACACUACCAUCGAACGAAAACUUCUACCGAAGUGGAAAAAUCUGGCACCGCUGCUGGCCAGGACAAUGUUCAUAAAAUACCAGCCGGGCGUAAAGAGGCAAACCCGUCAGAAGAAGAAGUUCAACGUACAAGUACGCCGGUUGGAGACCUCCAGGGAUCGUUCCAAUUGCAGGCAGCUCAAGAAUCACCGAUAGCAAAGAGUCGGGAGGAAGUGUUGUCAUCAGAUAGUAAAACGACCGAAUCAGAUUACAAGAGUGUCCCGGGUGAAGACAAUGAUACGCGGUAUGUUUCAGUAGAUCAGGAAACGGUGGGAGCUACAACGAGGGAUUCAUUGAAUUUAACGGAUAUUUAUAGCAACCGGGAGGAAAUUGAUGAAGACUCUGAAAUCGAAGAUAAUGAAGUCUUGUACCAUGUUUCGACGCGAGAAAACGGAACUGAUUUAUCGGUUGUGGUUUCCGAUAAAAGCAUAAAAGAAAAAGACAUGUUGGGAAAAACAAAAACUCGUUGGGGUAUCAAAACACUGGAAGCUUGUGAAAGGUCCACCUCGUCCCGGAUUACGCUUACAUUUGACACCAUGAAACGGGAUAAAAGGGAGCGUGUGUAUGAGAUGGACCCACACGACUGCCAGUUGCUGGAGUAUAGGCUUCGGAAUAUAUUAUCGAAACGUCCGCUAUCGGAAAUGAAUCAAAGAUUGUACAAGUGUGUAGUGUGCAACGCCAAAUUUUCUCGAGAAGUCAACUCGAAGCGUAUGAGCGACGAUCUGCAGUGUCCGGAGUGUCGUGGAGGGUACUGUAUUGAAAUCAAAGAAAAACUUCUGGAAAAGGAUGCUGCAUUCGUUGUAGUUGAUCCGGCAGAAGCAAGUUUAAAUCAGGUUAACUGUGCAACGCUAGGCAGUGCUGGUGAUGCGUCAAGUGUAGUACCCGGGCCGUCUGGUACUAGUACCGUGGAGCCGGCUGCGAUUCGUACGAGCCCUUCCAAGACCAGUUUAGAAUCCAGCGAGUCAUUUAAUGAUUCAUCAUCGUGCUCUCGCGUAUCACACCCUGGCAGUUCCUGCGAUUCGAAUCAGAGUGUGGCGGGAAGUACGAACUCCGAGCGCGAUCGUGACGCCGAUUUGCUUGGCAACGAUAGCGACAUUGAAGUUCUAAGCAAUCCUAGCCAGAGUAGUAUUGAGGUGCUUGAUCGUGGGUAUCAUCCUAGCAGGAAAGCUUCGGAAGAGCGGCGAAUAUCCAGUCUGGAAACCAUAAAUGAUAACACUGUUGAUUCCGUGGCGAAUCCAACCAUCCCAAGUGUGGAAGUCAAGCAACUGGGUUCUGAAAUAAGCCAGAUAAGUUUGGAUUUGAAUCUUAACGAUACUCUAAAGAAUACCUCUGCCACGUUGAUAAACGUCGAAGGAAAGUCGGAUGUAUCGGCUACGAAAGCUGCAAGUGGUGCAAAGCAGACGGCAGCACAUGUUGGGAAGAAAGGUUUCUUGCUCAACGUAAAUUUGACGGAAAGUUCGAGCUCCGGGUCGGUUACGGACAGUGUGUGUACAGCGUAUGAAUCGGCGCAAGGUUUGCAAGUAGAAAGUCCGAAUGGUAAAUCAGGUGCAAAGGACUCCAUGACCGCAGCAAGUGAGCUGCCGCCUCCAUUGCUGGAACCUACGUCAAAUGCAAGCAAAGAGCCAGUUGACAGAGUUUCCACGACGGUGGCUGUAGGUAACUCGAAGGCAGACAGUUCCGUCCUAACUAGUGUACUGGGAGGACUAUUUCAGUCCACUAACAUGCUCAUGGCCAAGAAUCCCAAGGGAAAGUCUGACGAAAGUUUGUUGAAAAAGUUCUUCGAACCAAUACGAUACAACUAUAACGAUUUCGCUAACGUAGAUCAUCGACUGAAGUUGUAUCUGUACCAGAAUUUGUUCGAGGAUGCCAAUGAAUCAUUGAAAUGGCUAGUGUCUUGCAUUGUCUUUGAUGACAAUCGAGUAGAUGAAUGGCCUUCUGGCUUUGAUGGAUUGUUCAUAAUGUCAACAACAAAAUUCUACGUGAUGAAGAAAGUUGCUGCUGAAAACGAUGAUCCUUCGACGUGGAUGAAGAAACAUAUAACUGGCACUAUCAACCGCGUUGGGAUAGCUCAACCAUUGCCGUGGAAGAUUGGGUUUAAAUUUAUCAUCAGUGCGAUUGGUGGAGUGCAUCUUGUCCUACAAGACAUUGUUCGAACUGAUAAAUUAAUGUUGUUUUUUAACGAAAAUCCUCUUCCACAAUAUUGCACGCUCGAUUAUCAGCCGUCGGAUUUGUUGAACGGAAAACUGCGGAAGGCGGCGGGCGGUGAAUCGGUAAAAAUGGUUAUGGUCAUUAAUUUUUGUGAUGUACUUUCGAACGAUGAGCUACAAAGCGUGCAGCUAUCGACGUUGGUGGUUACAGAGAACAAACUCAUGCUCACACCAGACAUCACGUGGCUCAAUGAGAGUUCUGCUUAUCCCAUCGAGCCCAAAUUUACUCAGCUCUUGACAAACAUUGUUGAGCUGGAAGACGUGAACGAGCUGUCCUGUCGGCUGAACUACAUGGACGAAAAAGAGGACAAGUACGAAACGUGGAGUCUCGAUUUUGCUACGUCAACGGCGAAAGAAAGCACUGUCAGCACCAUUUGCCAUCUAUGGGAAAAUAUUUUCGGUGUGCCUUUGAUGAACGACAAUGCGAUAGCGAGCAAUAAUACCAACACAAACAGUGAAAACAAUAACUUCAAUCGUAACACCAGUAGUAGCAAAAGUGUCAACAAUAAUAACAUUAGUUGAAAUCUUGUAGGGAAAUCAUAUAACGUAUUACGUGUGUUUUGAUUAUGUAAGUGACAGUAGAAGCGACGAAAGUAAAAAGGUGAUAUUAGCAAUAUCUUGUCUCGGAAUUUUUAAAUUACUGUACCAACUUUUGAACCCAUUCAGUUAAUGGUAGAACAAAAUAAAUAUUUCAAAAUAUAUUGUAAGUUAUACAUCAAACAUUGUAUGUGUGUCUCAAUA